CGUACUGACUAGUAGCGACAAACGUAACAAAUAUUACGGCAAAUGAAAUACUUUGGUGUACGGCAGAGGUGCAGAGUUUGCUGGAAAUUUUUACGGACUACAGUGUCCAGGAACAACUAGAUGCAAAACACAAGAAGUCCGAGAUAUUUGUUAAAAUACGGGGCUACCUUCUUAUAUGUGCAGCACGAUUCAAUUGUAUUCGCUUAGUUGCUUACUGGAUAAAUCUAUGAGGGCUGUGUGUCAAUGCACGCAAGACAACCCCAGAUAAAUCGCAAAAUAAGGACAAUCAUGAGCUCCGAUAUUCUGUGCAGUAGUGCUGUUCUUCAACACAAAAGACAACGCAUGAAACAGAAAAGCACAACACAGAAAGUAGCACGGUGAUAACGAAAGCGUGUUCAGGCCUGAAACUUUAAGUGCAAUGUGUGCGCUGAUCUGAGAGGCAGUCAUACUAAGUCACAGUGAGUACACCCACAGAGGCGAUCCUACUGGGCCUCUUGUUUUCGUAUUGAUCCACAGAAAUUAAAAGGACCUAAUGCAGUGGCACUUUAAAAACUGUAUAAUGCAUAAUAAGGACUGAAACAAAGGCCUGAGGAUAGACCCUCUGUAUGCAGCACAGUCUCACCUCAAGUAACUGAAAAUAUGUCAGCUACUUUAUACUCGUGCAUAAGAGAAAUAUGCAGGGCUGCCAAUUCUAACGUAUGUGACGUGACACACGCUCUCUGACUCUCGCACUCAUGCCAGAGAUCUUUCUUUUUAUUAUUUUUUUUACUUUUUUUUAAUUAUGCAUGCAAGAGAUCUUAAGACAAGUCUAUAUUAUUCCAUUAUGAACUUAAAAUUUGCGGCAUCAAAAGUGCUGUGGUAGUUUCAAACCAUACUGACUACAACUAAUGAAGCUACCCUGUGAGCUAAAAUGAUACUUUGUAAAGACCAACUAUCAUUUAUUUUAUGUUGCUAAAAUAAGAUUUCAAAUAUUCUUAAAAUAUCUGUUCCUGUAAACAACAGAACAAAGACAACAUCAACAAUGUUUUCCUUUUAACUGAUAAGAAAUACACAGAAAAUGCAUCAGUGGACAAACACACAUCGUAAAGAUUAUAACCUCUGACAGUAUGUACUGGCCCUCACUGUUUUCUGCAGUGUCUCUCCCUCUCAGCUCUUCAUUUCACACUUUAUUUUUGUAUCUGCAGAAAAUAGCUGUGAGUCACAUGAAUGACACAGGAAACCAAGCAAACUGACUUAAAUUUCUUAAAUAUUCCCCCUGCUCUGGCAUGUUCGCCCCAUGUCGGUGUGGGGUUUCCUCUGGGUUCUCCUGUUUCACCCCACAGUCCAAAAACAUGCUGAGUGUCCACUCCCCCUUCACUCUGCCUGCUGUGUGUGAGAAUAGAAACGACAGAGACAGUGAAGGUACAGAGGAUGAGGAAGUGAGUGUCAGUCUCCACAGAUCUGGGCUCAGUGACACACACACGUAUGGAUCCUCUGAUGCUCCUGUUUCUUCUCAUUGCUGGGCUCACAGGAAGGUAAAGUGUCAGUCAGAGAUGAUCCUGACCAGCGAGUCUUCACUGUGACCAUCAACAAUCUGACAGCUGAGGACUCUGAUAGGUACUGGUGUGGUGUGAAGCAUAGUGGAGCCUCAGAUGUUGGAGAUCGGGUUAACCUGUCAGUCAUUGAUGGUCCUCCAGGGCUGUCAGUGGAGAAACAGGAGGUGACGGGUGUGGAUGGAGACAGUGUCAGUGUUCAGUGUUACUAUGGAAACAACAGAAGACAUAGGAUGUGGUGUAAGAUUGGGGGCUCCUGUGCAUCAGAGAGAUCAGUGAGUUUGGAUGGGAGGCCUGUCCUGAUCAGGGAUGACACAGUAAAUAAAGUCUUCAGUGUGACAAUGAGUGGGCUGGAGAGGAAGGACACUGGCUGGUAUUGGUGUGCUGCUGGAAUCCUGCAGAUCCCAGUUCAUAUUACUGUUAAACCUAACCCGCACGAUCACCUGCCUGCACCACCCCGAUCGUGACAGAAUGACAGACCGUAAGAAAAGGAGGAAGCAGAGGAGAAGGAAGCACCUGGAGGAGCCGAUCAGUCUGGGCGCCUGCUCCCUCGCCAACACCUGGCCUCUCGCGGAGGGCGAGAGAGAGGAGCUCGUCCUGGGCUCUGACCCAGAACCGCUCUAUCUGGGAGCCUACUCCCUAGCGAGGCUCUGGGCUCCCAGCGACGACGACGAGGAGGAUGAGCCCUUCACGUUCCCUGUGCUGGACCCUAUCCCCCCGGAGCAGCUACCGCCCCUGGACCGGUACAGUUACCGGCCCGAACGACUGGCAAAUUGGGGAGGUUUUAGGGCUGUAAGGGACUCGAUCCCCCGAGUGCCCCGGGUCCCGAAGAGGAUCGCACCCGUCUCCCCCUCCCAGGACUUGCCAGUUCUGCCUGCGCUGUCAGCGCAGCUCCCGCCUCUGCAACCUGCGCAGCCGGAGCAGCCAUCACCGCUGUCCGCUACGUCUGCGCAGCUUCCUCCACCUGCGGCUUGCCAGUCCGAGCAGCCGCCGCUGCCUGCGGACCCCACUCCCGUGCAGCUGCCGCUGCCUGCGGACCCCGAUCCCGUGCAGCCGCCACUGCCUGCGGAGACCACACCCACGCCCAAGGCGCCCUCUCUGCCGCUCCUACAGCCUGCAGCUCCCGGGCAGGCGCCCCCCCCUGCAGCAACCUGCAGCUCCCGGGCAGGCGCCCCUUCCACUGCCUGCCCUAGUGACUUUGCCCCCAGUGACUGCUCUGUCCUCGCCCCGUCAUCCUUGACCCCGAUCGAGGGCCGUUUUGUCUGUGUCCCGCAAGGGAAGGGGACACAGACGUCGGACUGGGGUCCCACCCGCCCUGCCCCCUGGCUCGCCCUCCCUCGCCUGCGCUAGGGCUCGGUUGGCACCUGCGGGUCCUGGCCCUCUGGGUCGGCUGUCGCCUGCGGGUCCCCCUCCGCGGCCUCGUCGCCCUGCCUCGCUCCCACCUCCGGUGCCUGGUCGGUCGCCUGCUAUGUCCCCUUUCCUGCUUUGUCUUUCUGCCUUCCCUGUCCUUUGUCAGCUCCUGUCUCGCGUCCUGUCUCUUGCCCUGUUUUGUGCAUCGGUCCUGUUUCCCGUCUCUCGUUGAUGGUUCUGUUUCUUUUG